AUGGCUACCGUCCCUUCUUCCUCCCCAACAUCUGUUUUUCCAUCUCUUCGCCGGAGAUCAAUAAGUAAAGCGGUGAAUGCCGAAGCGAAACAGAAACGAGAAACAGCCGUGCGAGAGGCGAAACAAUAUGUUCGAGAUGUGGUUCGUGCCGACUGGUCGUUUGAGCCGCCUCCGACGCUUUGGACGACUUCGUCGUUUCCGGACUUACCGAGGCCUGCUGUAGCUGAUGCUGCUGCUACUGCUGCAGUAGUAACAGGUGCGGAAACUAUUACAAGCGCAGAUGGUCAAUCCGGGGCUCAACCAUCUAUCGCACAGUGGAGGAUACGGGAACCUGCAAGCUCCGAGUCGGAUUCUGAUCUUGACCCGGCAUUGCGUAAAGCGAUUGAGAACCACAAGAGGCGAAAGGGAGAUCCGUAUCGCUUUGAGAAUCCGAAUGCGAUCAAGACAUCGGUGCUAGAGCGUGGCCGAAGACGUCGCGCAGAUUUGGAGCAGGAGAUGAAGUGGAAUCCGGGACUGCGGUUCUACAUAGAAAGAAGAGACGCAUGGACUGGCGCUAGAAAGCGACGGGAUGUUGGACAGCGAACGGCCAAGCGGCAGCGUGCAUUGAUCAAUAUUCUAUCCAGAGAGUCAAAGAACUCGAAGACUAUUGGUCUGAACGGAGAUGCUGGAGCAAAAGUAGAGUCGCUGACAGACGCUACUUCGUCAGCACAGCAGUCCAGAGAUUUGCUUGAAGAUUUGAGUUUAUCAGAAAAGAAAUCGAGAGAUACGACUCCAACAACUGACAAUAACACUUCGAAUGAGGACUAUGGCUUGGACGGUAGCACCGGCGACGAUGGAGAUAUCGAAGACUACGACGAUGACCACAGUUUCGAUUCUGACGAAUCUAUGAUUCCGGUCAUGGAAUCCUUCAUAGACGCUUCGAAUCCUGUCAGAUCUUCUAUAACGCCGGCUUUAUACGCCUCGUUGUAUAGCAAAGUGAUUGUCCAAGGCCUCACGCCCACGAUCCCCAUUAACUUAGCGGAUGUCACGAAAGCGCUUGUCGCAGGAUGGAAAGCUGAUGGCCAAUGGCCCCCGAAACCCACCAUUCCCCCUCCCGGAUCCGACGUGCCGGCAAGGAAGAAGGGUACCAAAGCACAGUCAUCUACCAAAAAUGAUGACGCCACAGCCUCUGGGGUCGUUGGACAGCCUACUACUAGUGGCCGAAAGACGAGUUUCAGUAACCAAGCUACCAGCGCAGUGAAGAAAGUGUUGGGAUUAUCGAACCACUCAUUCCACCUGCGCCGGUCAAGUCGCAGUUCAGCGAAUAGUGAUGCUGUCGCGGACCGGUCGUCAAUGGCGGAUUCGGUUCCGACUGAUGUGCUCAUGGUGGAGGAGGAACAGGAACGCAGGAUGAAACAUCCAUUUGGCUGUUGA